AUGCAACUUCUCAUAACUCUUCUAAUUUUCUCCAUUUUCACCACCCCAAUUUUUGGAGUUCGCGCAUCUGUGCGACUCAAGAAGAAACAACAUUCAUCCGACGAUUCCGAAGACGAAGAAUAUCGAGACGAGAUCGAGAAUUCGAUUUAUGACAAGUCUUCGAUUUUCGAGCAAGGGUAUGUGUGUAGUUUGAUCUUUCCUCCAAAAAACAGAAAGCCGGAAAAGAAAAUUCCCAGAAAAAAUCCGACAACAUGUCAAAAAUCUCUUGACGUACUCAAAAAACGUCGGAAACUCGAAAAAAAAUGUUUUUUUUUCAGAGAAACACAUGAUUUUUUGCAAUUUUUGCGGAGUAUACAAUAUGAUCAUCGACAAGUGCCAGAUGAUGGAAAUGAAGGUGGGAACAGGGGGUAGAAGGAGGUGCUACUUGAUAUGAAAAAGGCGUGUCAAGGAGUGGAGCCUAGAGGAGAAUAGAGGGUCUAGAAGGCAUCGCUUUAGACGGAUUUUUAGUGUCAAAGAGUGGCGCCUAGAGAAGCUUGAUCGUUACAAGGAGUGUUACCUUUAGAACAGAAAUGAUGUAUCUAGGGAGCACUGCUUGACAAAAUUCUUCUUUUCAAGGAGUAGCCACUUGAUAUCACGGCUGCCAAGAGUUCGUUGCUUCACAAGAAAACAGGUGUCAAGGAGCGCCUGCUUGACACACUUUUUGUGAAGCAUCGGCCCCUUCUGGAGCAUGUUCUGUCAAGUUUUGAACAGAAAAUUUCAACAAGAUCAAUAAAGUUCGAAAUUCCAAUGAGAAAGAUUGAACUUUAGGGGAAUCCCAAAAUUAAAUCGAAUUUUCACUUUUUCACGGAAAUUCUGCGGAAAUCCAAUUUUCUCCCAAAACAAUUUUAUUUCAGGAAGAAUCAAGGGAAAACUUUUCGAGCCAAAGAAAACUUAAAAUCCAAAAAUCCUACAUUCCAGGCCCAGUCGCCGUCAACGUCUCAAUCGUCGUCUCAAACAUUCGUUCAGUAUCCGAAGUCACAAUGGACUAUUCAAUCGAAAUGUUCUACCGUGAAUCAUGGCUCGAUCCUCGCCUCAAAUACAAUGCCUCCAAAUUCAAAAACAAAACCGAAAUCAGUUUACACGAGAGCUACUCAAAUUUCCUUUGGCAUCCCGACACAUUCGUCCCAAAUGCAAUCAGCUCCAAAAAUCCACGCCGUCAAUCAAUAACUCAUCGCUCAUUGCUCAGGUUAAGAUCAAACGGAAGUAUACUCUACAGUCGAAGGUUGUCUUUGAUUCUAACAUGCGGGAUGGAUCUAACUCUAUUUCCCUUUGACACACAGUUAUGCAAAAUGGGAAUUGAGAGCUGUAAGUUAGCCAAACUCUAGAAAAAAUCUAUGGGAUUUUCAGAUGGUUACACCGCCGAUUUUGUAAAAUACGCCUGGUCUACCGGAAUGAUAAAAUCCCUAAAACUUCAUAAAAUCCGUCUGCCGGAUUUCCAAAUAAAAAGAGGCUUAUGUGACAAGUCGCGUGGAAUCCUAUGCAACUGGCGAUUAUUCUCGACUUUAUGUUUGUUUUGUUUUCAGUCGAGCCGCCGGAUUCUGUUUUUUGCAACUAAUUAUUCCAUCGACAGCAGUUGUGAUAACUUCAUGGGUUUCGUUGUGGAUGGAAAAUGAAACAUCGUUUCAGGUAAGUGACGAAGGUUGCCUAAUUACAAGCUUCACAAAUAUUGCAGGACAUGAUUUCAAUAAUCCUAACAAUCACAUUUCUCCUUUUCUCCUACAACGAAGUUAUGCCACGUGUCAGUUACAUCAAAGCGAUGGAUGUUUAUUUGGGAGUUUGUUUUUGUAUCGUAUUUUUAUCGCUGAUCAAAUUGGCAGCUGUGAAAUAUAUGCGACAACGAUUGUUGAUCACCAGGUGAGGAAAAAUGAUUGAAAAUGUGAAGGCCUAUCCGAAUUCUGAGGCUUGGGGUAGUCUCAUUUAAUUUUUUUCCCAAAAAAAUUCCCAAACUCAGGAUUUUUUUUCAAUUUUAAAGUUUCCUUUAAAAAAAUUUCAAAUUUUUUACGUUUCAAAAAUUUCAUUUGAGAUCUCGAACCGAGAUUUUUUCCGUUUCUUCAGUUUUAUGGUUCAUUUAUGGCUUCCAUGGCAAAAUUAGGAAUCCUUUCUGAUUUUUUCAGAAAUUCUAAUGGGAAAAAGGAGACUGAGGGCUAACAGCCUGAGAGCUAAUAAUCACUGUGAUCAUAGAAAUCUUGUUAUUUUUGGGCUUCCAGAUUUUGUUCUAGAAUCCGAAACAAAAAACUAUUUCCUAAAUUCAAAAUUUCUUUAAAGGGACACAUCAAUAGUUGCUGCUGGCAUGUUGCCAAUGCUUCGAAUCGUUCAAACACCGGAAACCGAAACACGCCCUUUUGGCUACGAAAAUUCGGGAGCAACUUUGACGCGAAAAGAUAUUUAUCAGCAUAUUGAUGAUACAAAUUCUACGGGAAGUCCAGUUUGUCGACAAAAUCGAAAAGGUUCGUUUUUCUUCAAGAUGGGGAGCUAGGGGGUACUGUAGAUAACGCGCGUAGCGUGUGUGCGUCGCGUGUCGGAGCCAGUUCAUAUAUAUAAAACUACAGUAGUCCGGAGUACUGUAAAUAUCGUUUUUCUCGUUGCACAUUUAACAGAAACGACCAUUGAUAGAGAAAACAACUCACAAGUGUUUUUUCAAAUCUCAAAUAACAUUUUUGAAACGUAAAAAAUUCAGAUUUUGUUGAGGGUGAAAAAAGCAGAAAUUUUCUUAAAUUCCAGAUUUCUAGUCUAAAUUCCACUCAGAACUUCGAAAAAAAAGUCAAAACCGCCCGACAAUUCUCCCAAACCUCCAAAUUUUCAGCCAAAAACCUCCAGAAUUUUCAGAACCCCUAACAGUCUCAAACUCCACCAGCUGGUUUGAAUUCACACCAACUUUUAUGCACCGUUUUCAUUGGAUCACUCAAAUGAUCUUCUUUUUCGGCUUCGUCAUUUUUUGCCUAUUCUAUUUUCUAGUCUACCCGAAUAUUCAUACACAGGUUAGAAUUGCUACGUCAUAACUCAUAUUCAGAGUUAGGAAAAGUCUAAAAAGUUUCCUUUUUGCAGCUAACCGACGAAGAUUGUGAUCGCGAAAUGGCCGAAUGGUUUGCCGACAUUAAUUAA